AUGGGUCAAGGGCAAUCUUUGGAUGCGCCCCCACCAACCUACGAGCAGCUAUCCCUCGAGCUUGUCCGCCGCUUCGCUGACAGGUGCUACACUCCACUUGAAAUCUACUGCUUCAAAUGCGUCUUCAAAGCCCUCGCCGACUCGUCCUCCGGUAUCCGUCACUGGAGCGAACCCACGCUAUGCCGCUUUCUCGCCCUUCCCGAUUCUCUCGCUGUAGGCUCCGUGGUCUUUCAAAUGGCCACGUAUCUCGGCGCCUUCCCAUUCCCGAGCCAGGCACCUGCGAUAUUGACGAGCGAUAAUUUACUUAAGGGCGACGCCGUAUGGAUACGAGAGAUCUAUCGGAGUCUUGCUGUCUACGAUAGAGGUUUGGAGCAAGCCACAAAGGAUGCGAAAAUUGCUGAAGGUGAAGAUCGGGAGACAGACGCUGUUGCCUCGUACGACGGCUUCGCUAUAGACGCUCCUGCCGACGAAGACGAAGAUGAAGAAGAUGAUGGGGACGGGCUCGCCCUUGCCGCCCUUGACACGAUGGAUGCGGUCGAAGUCUUUAAGCAGGGCGAACAAUCCACUCUGAGCCAUUCAAUCAUACCCACUGACAACUUCCUCCGCUUGAUCCAGCUCCUCCUGUUCAUCGCUCCGCUGGAGCCUCAAGAUGACCUUUCGGUGUACAGCCUUCAGCUCACUGAGAAGCGAUUGAAAGGAUUAAGAGAAACCGCAAAUAACAUACUUUCGUCUUUUGGAAUAGAAAAGAGCCCGGGGGUAAAUUACAAGACUUUCAACGCUGUCGUCUCAUCUUCUCUUCCUUAUAUGUUCGACGGGCUCAAUCCUCUUUUCGAGCACUUCCUCUUCGCAAAAGACUUUGACCUAUCCAAACGGAAGAACUCUGGCGCUUCGACUUCGAAAGACACAGCACCUGAAUCACCCAAGGAUGCUCCUCCAAAGAAAAAGAUUCCUGUGCCUGAACCAAUUCUCUUAUCCGAAGGGAGCAAUCUCUUCAGACGCCUGCGGCCACUAUAUGCCGGAGGUAAACACGGCUUCAGCAUGGGUAGCUUCGAGAAGAGCGUCUUCAACUGGCGCGCGCCCUCUAUUCUCCUAGUUUCCGGCAGCCUCCUAUCCGACAAGCCCGAAAACCCCAGCGAACGCGCCUUCGCCGACUCUCUUCCACCCAAACGCCUCCCUAGUAGUCUUGACCUUCCCUCACGCAACACUACCAAUCAGACUCUCACGUUCGGCGCAUACAUCCCGGUUCCGUGGAAGGGCACGCCCAAGCUAGCCUUUGGCGAUUCGUCGACAAAACUAUUCCAGCUCUCUCCCACGCACGACCUCUUCGAAGCGUCGACCAUGAGCACCGACUACAUUUACUUCAACAGACCGCCGCACCACCCGUCCGGAAUCGGACUCGGCUCCCCCGUCCCACAGGCCGACACAUCGCGGGCGCAUGGCCGCUCGCACGGCACCAUCCCGCUCGGCGCCGUGUCGCUGCACCUCGACUCGGGCCUCGAGUUUGGCAUCUUCACGCACCUCGCCGAGGGCGGCGGGUCCUUUUACCCGUCGCGCAACCCGCAGCGGAAGAGCAGGAGCUGGCAGGACCGCUUCGCCAUCGAGGCCAUCGAGGUGUGGGGCUGCGGCGGAGACGACGAGGCCGAGGCGCAGCGCAAGGCGUGGGCGUGGGAGGAGAGGGAGGCCGAGGCGAGGAGGCGCAUCAAUCUGGGCACGGGGGAUAUCGACGCUGACAGAGAGUUGCUGAGGCUGGCGGGUAUUCUCCAAGAGAGGAGUGGCGGAAGCAUGUAA